UUUCAGAUCAUUCAAUUGCCGCACUUCAAAACUCACACCCACAACGCAGACAGCCAGGAUUAAGCUAAAAGCUACCUAAAGAUCAGGCAAAAUGAAAUUGUUCAUAGUACUCAGCGCUUUGAUUGCCUGCAGCUCGGCUGGACUCAUUCGCAGCAGCGGCUGGUCAGGUGGCCGAAGCGGCUGGAGCUCGAAUCCUUGGGCCAGCGGCGGCAUCAGCACGGGCGGCUGGAGCUCGAAUCCUUGGAGCAGCGGCAUCGUUAGCAGCGGCGGCUGGAGCUCGAAUCCUUGGGGCAGCGGCGGUGGCUGGAACAGCGGCUGGUCUUCUCAGCCCAAGAUCAUCAAGGUCAUCAAAACUGGCGGCGGCGGCGGCUGGGGCAACGGCUGGGGCAACGGCGGUGGCUGGAGCAACGGUGGUGGCUGGAGCAACGGUGGUGGCUGGUCGAGCCCGAGCAUCGUCAGCAGCGGCUGGUCCAGCGGCAACAGCGGAUGGGGCAGCAGCGGCUGGUAGUGAGGAUCGCAGCCAAAGGCUCUGCCAAAGGCUCCACCGCGCGCUGACUCGAAUUGAUUACUGAUUUUUGCUUUCAUAUUACGUAUAUGCAUAAGGGAGUUUAUAAUUUUUUUCUACUUUUUUUUUUAUACCAACAAACCUAUUUUUUUUUUUUGUAA